GAAGACAAUGCAUUUCAACAUUGAUCAGCUGCUUUUCUUGAUGAUUUUAGGCUUCAUCACAGGUCAGAUUCAUAUGGAUUUGGUAACAGCCUGCGAAAAAGAGUGGAUUUCGUAUCAAAAAAGUUGUUAUUAUUUUUCAACAUCCACAGCAACAUUUAGAGGGGCAAUGUCGGCGUGCUAUCUGAUAGGCGCAGAACUCCUGGAACUUCAGAACGCAAUUGAAAAAAAGUGGUUUGAUAACCAGAUCCGACUACGAGGUCAUUCGCCUCAGAUCUGGCUUGGUGCAAGUGAUACACAACAGGAAGGACAGUUUAUAUCGGUCUCAAAGGCUGAGGUUCUACCUUACAACCACUGGUUAAAGGGACAACCAGAUAACGUUGGCGGAGCAGAAGACUGUGCUACUUAUUGGCUUGCUUACAAAGCAAUGAAUGACGCACCAUGUCACUACACGUAUAAUUAUGUAUGCAAAAAAUAA